AUGGCUCCUGCUGCUACCGUCGACAUUGUCAAGCCUGCUACUUUGCCUCACAAGGGCGGUGUGCCCAUGGCCGACAGCAAGGUUCAUAGCAACAUGGAGGUUGCAACUGGUGCCGCGGUCGGUUCAAAGUGGGAGGACUUCACCUUCCAGCCCAUCCGUGAGUCUCAGAUUGCUCGCGAGAUGGCUCGUCGCUACUUUGCCGACCUCGACAAGUAUGCCGAGUCCGACAUCGUCAUCAUUGGUGCGGGCUCUUGCGGCUUGAGUACCGCUUACACUCUCGCCAAAGCCCGCCCCGAUCUCAAGAUUGCCAUUAUCGAGGCCAGUGUUUCUCCUGGCGGAGGUGCUUGGCUAGGAGGCCAACUCUUCAGCGCAAUGAUCAUGCGCAAGCCGGCCGACGCCUUCCUCGAGGAGAUUGGCGUCCCCUUUGACGUGGAGGAGAACUAUGUCGUGGUCAAGCACGCAGCCCUGUUCACCUCGACGCUCAUGUCCAAGGUUCUAGCCUUCCCCAAUGUCAAGCUCUUCAACGCCACCGCCGUCGAGGAUCUCAUUACCCGCCGCGACGACUCGGCCCCCGGCGGUAUCCGCGUCGCCGGCGUCGUGACCAACUGGACUCUGGUCUCCAUGCACCACCACGACCAGUCCUGCAUGGACCCCUCCACCAUCAACGCCCCCAUCCUCAUCAGCACCACGGGCCACGACGGUCCCUUUGGCGCCUUCUCGGCCAAGCGCCUCGUGUCCAUGGGCGCGCUCGAGAAGUUGGGCGGCAUGCGCGGCCUUGACAUGCAGACGGCCGAGGACGCCAUUGUCAAGGGCACCCGAGAGAUCGUCCCUGGCCUCAUUGUCGGUGGUAUGGAGCUGAGCGAGGUCGACGGCGCCAACCGCAUGGGCCCGACCUUUGGUGCCAUGGCUCUGUCUGGUGUCAAGGCGGCUGAGGAGGCGCUUGCUGUCUUUGACCUGCGCCAAAAGCAGAACUCUAUUUGA